UUGUCGUCGGUGGGCAGCUGCAAACUGGAAAGUCCCUGACAGCCGGGGAGGUUUCAGUCAGGAAAACAGCGGCUAGCUUUGUCAUUUUAAAUUACGGAUGUUAACGCUUAUGUUCUUCGUUGCCUCGGCGUAUGUAAAAAUUCUGUGAGGUUGUUUCAGUCGUGAUUUAAUUUUUUUUUUUUUUUAGCUAAGCGAAUGCUAGAUGCUCCCCUGCGAGUGCUAGCGUAUGUUAGCAGGCUAGCUCUUUGUGUGGCUAGCUGCUAGCUGAGGGAUGUUUUGUUGUUGUUGAACCGAGCAGCCCUCCCGUCGUCUGGGAGAGGAGAUUCAUCAGCUGUGUAUGGAAAAAGCGCCUCCUCGACGCCUUAUCGUCAACUGACAUUGCCUGCGAAAGUGGCCCGUGAAAUCCGCUGUUAGUAAGGCAAAAUCACAAAGAUAGAGAGAGGAGGAAGAGUUUGACCGAAGAGGAAGGAGAUGGGAAACUGUCUGAAAUCUCCGACCUCGGAUGAUAUUUCUUUGCUACAUGAAUCUCAGUCAGACCGGGCCAGCUACGGAGACGGUGCUGACCCUGACCAGGAGCCACCGCCCCCCUAUCAGGAACAGAUCCAUGUGCCUGUCUACCACCCCACCCCCAGCCAGGCCCGACUGGCCACUCAGCUGACGGAGGAAGAGCAGGUUCGCAUUGCCCAGCGUAUCGGGCUCAUCCAGCAUCUCCCGAAGGGCGUGUAUGACCUGGGGCGGGAUGGCUCUGAGAAGAAGAUCAGAGAGUGUGUCAUCUGUAUGAUGGACUUUGUGUAUGGAGACCCCAUUCGGUUCCUGCCCUGCAUGCACAUCUACCACAUGGACUGUAUAGAUGACUGGCUGAUGAGAUCCUUCACCUGCCCCUCCUGCAUGGAGCCUGUGGAUGCCGCGCUGCUUUCCUCCUAUGAGACCAACUGACACACACACACACACACACACAUGUGCCCACAGACACCUGUGGACCAGACUGAGCGCACACAUACACAUACAGUAUCAUGGAUUAGUAAGGUGGUGAUAUCAGAGCAGUGACUAUGUAAAACAGUUAUGGUGAUCUCUCAUGUUUGCGUGCAUGUAUGUGUGUUUGUGCGCAAGGACAAGCUCCUCAGUUGGCCUGCUGGACAGGAUUGCAUCUGGGAAAGAACUGGAGGAAUGAACAGGGUUUUGGUUUUAAGGAGGAGCAAGAAUGAGCUGGAUCAAGGAGAGGAGUAAAGGAUGAGAGCUGACAGUGGGGGAGUGUGAUAAAACAUGUGUAAAGGGAAGUCAUGGGGAAUGGAAGACAGUUAAGUGGUAUGAUUAAGAAACCUUUCCAAGAUCCGCUUUUAUACACGUGAAUACUCACACAGGCGUACCCAGUCACACACUUCCUUUAUUACUCCCUAUCACUGAAAUGGACUGUGACAGAGUGCAGGAGGAGGGACAGCUGACUGCCGCCAUCAGGCUGCAGAUUGCAUUUCUUGGACUGCUGAAGCCUGAUUAACAUAAUGUCAGACUGCAAGACAAGACACUGCACGACCUGCCAGGCGCCUGUUGCAGAGACAUAUCUGCUGCAGAAAUCGCUACAGAUGAAGACAUGUGAUUUAAAGACUGCUAGAUAUGGACAUCAAAUACUAUGACCAUCAGAUGUAUUCUGCAGACAUACCACAGGCCUCCACUUGUCCACAGCAGCUGGGCCUCCAGUCGUCCGUCUGUACAGAUCUCUCAUGAGAAGAAAUACGAUUGGUCAGUGGACUGACCGAUUGUCUCGUGGCUUUGUGAAAUCUGUUCUGUGUUUGUUUUGUCAGUCAGCAUAAGGGCUCAGUUGAACCAGUGUUUACUAACAACACAGACAUGGCAAAGGAAAAUACAGUAUGUGCUUUAGUCAUUAAUGUGAUGCAUAGCUGAUAGACUGUUGCUGUUGAGCUUUUGACCUCUUGUGACUUUCAGUCACAGUGAGAUCUCAGAUUAUUGGCCAAAGCACAAGUAGACCAGUUAACAAACCAUUAAUACAAAUCAGAGAUAUUUGCACUUCUUAAUCAGACUUGUGACAAGAGUUGACCAUAUGCAUUUAGUAAUUAUGUCAAAGUGAAGUAUGUGAUUUGUUUGACCUAUAUUUUCAUUAUCAUUGCAAUGAUUUGUAAUCAAAGCCACUGUCUCUGUGAAUCAGGAGUGGGUGCAUAAUUUAUUACUGGUGACAUUAACCAAACUACUGAACUAAUUCUAAGGUUGGUGCCCCAUUACUGUCCGAAUCAUGUAAUUUUAAGGGCAAGUGAAGGACAAAAUUAAAAGCAUACAAAACAUAAUUUAAUGUGUUUGCACGUAUAUAUAAAGUAUCGCUUCAUCCUGUUCUGUGAAAAACACAUUCAUAAAACCAGUCCUAGAGCAAACACUCACUGGGGAAACGGUUAAAGGUGUCACCUGUCACCAUCAGUACAGUGACCAUGGAGAGUGCACAACUGAAGAUGUUUACCGGAUGUGGUCAGAAUCAGCAGUUACACAGUGAACUGACUGAAGGUUAUAUUUCUUUAAAUUUUUCUGGUCUUCAUUUCCUUCUCAUCAACCUAAGGCCUCGAACUAAACAAUCUGCUUGCCACAUUUGAAAAUGUCUAUCACCUAGGUCACCCAAGUUGAUGAAAGCACAAAGAAAUACAAAUGUUUGAUUUUUAUUUUCCUUCUCCCUGCCGACUCUGGCGUGUAGGUGAGUUGGUGAGACUUUGAAUUAUGCAGGAAAUGUUCAAUCAUUUGAGCUCCCCCUGCUUAGCGGCAUGAUACAGAUCCAACACAGUUUGAUAACAUGCCUUUUAGUGAUGUGUGUGUGUGUUUGUACAAGCCUUUAUGGCCUUUGUGUUUAUGUUCGAGAGAGACCAUGGUGUGUGUGUGUGUGUGUGUGUCUGUGUGAAGUGGUGGGGGGUGGGGGUCAGCACCUUAGUUUUUGCACAGUACUUAAAUCGACUCAACUCUUUAUGUUGUAAAUUGUCCGCCAUCAGUAAGGUGGAGCCUCAUGGCCUUAGGUUACAUGUGAGUAUCAGCUGCUAAAAUGUGGAGCAGAGUCUGGUUAACUUCAAGAAAACAGGAGGGGGGGUGGGUGAUAUACAAACAGUUCAGACUGAAAAUGCUGCUGCCGAGCUGGCAGUCGUUGUAUGUGUGGUGAAGAGUAUAAAAGGUGUGUCAAGAAAAUUGUCCUACAUUGUCACUAAACUAAUAAACUGUAAGUGUACUGUGGUGUUUGGAUCGGAUUUCUGUCACAUCACCUGGCUCUCUUCCUGAGGCCUCCUGUAGGAUUGCAUAGCUGAUUCCCACCGCUUUCAUCCACACUCAGCAACAGUCCUGCGGUACAGCAGAUGACAUCUUUGGAUACAAAUGCCUUUCUGCUGAGAGGGCAAGGUUUUGAUCUCUGUCUGGACCUAAUCAAGGCAGUGUGGGACUAGCAAUGCAUGAUGGGAUUGUGGGGAUAAACAAAGUUAAACCCUGUCAUGUCAUUGUGUAUGUGUGUUUGUAUCUGCCAUCGUUCCUCAAGAAAUAUUUAAGGAAUCAGAAAAAAAAGAAAAGAAUAAAUACUUACAUAUCCUGAUCCCAGUGAAGACUGGCUCUCUCCCAAAGCUACAUGUACAUUUAUCAGUGGGACACUUUGUGGAGCUGCUUCAUCGACCCUCUGUGGGAAGAGAACUUGUGAGAUGUUUGACCUGUUUUACCAAAAAAGAUUUCCUGUCAUGUGCGAACAGCUCUUAGUGAGAAAAAAUGUGAUCACACCCCGGAAAAUGACACACUGUUUGUCAGCAAAACAAUGAAACAGCUGCACAAAAUGUUGCCCAAUCGUGGGCCAGCCUUAUUUAUUUAAAAUAUCAAGCAAUGAUAAGUGAGCUCUCUUUUAGGUUGGAUUUUCUUUUUUUUUCCCCUUUUCUUUCUUUUUUUUCUUUAAGUACAAGAUUGAAUAACAAGGUUUGCUCAUAUAUGAAUGGGGUAUGUGUGUUGUAUGUUUGUGUAUGGAUGCUUUUGUAAGCAUAAAUAUGCAUAUGCUAUGUACUACAGGCAAGUAAUAAAUAGACAUUGCAACAGAACAUAA